AGGAAAAAGAUGUCUUCGAGUCGCAAGCAUCAUCUGAAGAGUUUGAUGCUGGCCAUCGCUAAAGGUUUACUGGAGGAGGAGGAGAGGGAACAAGAGGAGGAGAGGACGAGGUACAUGGCUGAGAACUGCCCUCAUGUGUCCAUGCCCAGGAGCAUGCAGGAGCUGCAGGAGCUGUGCAGGGAGAUCAACCACAAGAUCGACGUGAUCGAUGAGGAGAGAUACGACCUGGAGAUGAAAGUCAACAAGUCCAACAAGGAGAUCGACGACCUGAAGAUCAAAGUUCAGGAUCUCAUGGGCAAAUUCAAGAAGCCCGUCCUGAGGAAAGUGCGUAUGUCCGCUGACGCCAUGCUGAAGGCUCUGCUGGGCUCCAAACACACGGUCAACCUGGACCUGAGGGCCAACCUGAAGCAGGUCAAGAAGGAGGUGAAAGAGGAGGAUAAGGAACUGCGUGACGUCGGUGACUGGCGUAAAAACAUUGAAGACAAAUCCGGUAUGGACGGGAGGAAGAAGAUGUUCGAGGCCGAGGCUUAA